GAAAUGUCAAAUAUCUGAUAAGUUGAUGGACGGCCGGCUAAGCUGUUCUGAGACAGGUUCCUAGAAUACUUUCACUUUACUAUUCUAUUAAGAAUUUUCAGGGCCGCAGUUCUCGUAACGUGGUGCGCCUGUCUUGGCGUGGUAUUUAUUUAAUAUCUGACGAAACAAGUGCGUUCCAUUAGAGCCACGUAUACAAUUAGAAUUGUUUUACGUAAACAGCGAGUCUCUUGUCGCUUGUAAAGCAUGCGUACGUAAUUUUAUUCAAAUUAAAAACAAGUAACCGAUUGAAAAUGGGUAUGGAGAAAUAUAACAAUAUGGAUGGCAAGCCGUCAGAAUACCUGUAUCCUCCUGAGAUACUCAAGCGUUUGGACUUUGACAAAAGUCCAGCGAAAUUUAAGCCCAAGAUCAGUGCGGCAAACCCUGAGGAAGACUGGAUGGUCGUAAGGCCACUGCAGAGGUCUGAUUACGACAAAGGAUUCCUGCAACUACUUGGACAACUGACCAGUGUUGGCAAUGUCACAAGGAAGCAGUUUGAAGAUCGUUUCACCAAGAUGAAACAGUCUGGUGGAUACUACGUCACAGUGAUCGAGGACACACGUAUAUCUAAGCUGAUUGGAGCAGCCACACUCACCAUCGAACAAAAGUUCAUACAUAACUGCUCAGUGAGGGGACGUUUAGAAGAUGUGGUUGUUAAUGAUACAUACAGAGGCAAGCAGCUAGGAAAAUUGAUCGUAGUAACAGUAUCACUGCUAGCCCAGGAGCUUGGUUGCUACAAAAUGUCUUUGGACUGCAAAGACAAACUCAUCAAGUUCUACGAGACACUCGGAUACAAGCUGGAACCCGGAAACUCUAACGCUAUGAACAUGCGGUUCGAGGAUCCAUCUUGACAAUUAGCCGCUGGGACAUCCGACCUGCGCUCUAAACUGUAAGUACGUCAAGGGGCCGAGCAGACAUCACGGCACAUCCAUACAGCACCCUUAUUACAUCUAUUUACAAAGAAAUGACGUCAAUAAUAUUCUGAAGACGAAUUCUUGUGUUGUUUUUCUUUCAUUAUUAAAGUUUGUUGUGCCAAGGUUGUGAAUUGGUUGUCAUUUAUUGCUUUUUACAAGUUUUGUAUUUGGUAAUUAUAAAUUUUUUAUACUUGUGUAAAAUAUUCAAUGAAUUAUUGAUAUAAUUUCAGAUAUAUACAUGUAAAUUAUUAACUCUCAUUACCUAAUCACAUAACGCACUCGUUAUCACGUUCGUUGCGUAGUUGUUAUCGUAAAGCAGGAAAUUUAUAUUUGAGUACUUCAUUGAAUAGCCUUGAAUCAAUUCAAUUGUCAUGUGAGUAAAACAAUUUCAAGGCCUUGCGAAUUUAUUGUUAAAAGUAUAGGUAAAAUUUAAACCAAUCACAGUGGCCAAUAUGACAUUAAUGACAGUUCAUCAACCAAUCAGAAACAUGGGGUAGUUUUCAUUCGUAUUUUACCUAUUGUUAUUACCUAUUUGUUGUCUACAAAAGCACAGUUUUCUUGCUAUUAGCUUCUUGUCUUG